AUGCACUGCUCCUUUUCAGUCUCCCUUGUGUCAUCUUCAUCCCCAUCUUCUUACGACCACCCUACGCACGAAUCGCCUCACCUAACUCGACAGAAGCGUAACCAUUCAGUUCAACAAAGGGAAGGCCCAGUCAUAGCGAAAUGCAGGAUAACCAGCAAUCUUAACAACCCCCUAACGCCUCCCGCUUUCUGGGACAAUCUACCAACAGUCUACUUAACCAAGCGAGCUUUGCGAGAACUCAAUAGAAGGAACGUCGAAGCUGCUCAAAGCCCAGUUUACCCACCACAUCAACACGCCCACCGGUCAGUUACCCGGAAAGGCACAGCUAAGAGGCGGAACAGCUGCGUGUCAGUCCAAUCCACAAGCGACUUUCUUUCCACCUGCACUGCGACGACUUUGAAAAGCUUGAAGGUAUUUUCUAGACAAGGCGGACCGGACCUUUCAGAUCUAAGGAGUGUACGUACUGCAAGAAAACAUAUGGAGGGACGAUCAAGAGGUCGAGCCCAAGUCCAGAGUCUUGCAAUCCCCGCGAGUACCCAUACGAGUACAGAUAUAUCCAAGAGUACAGGGGUCUACGAUCGCAACUUCCGGCUGCACCUCAUUUACAAUGGAAUCUACCCCUUCGGAUAUACACACCCAAAUGACGCAUCUCCUACAAUGCCGUCAGACUCGGAUGAAAUUUGCCGGAUGAUAGACAAGCCUCGGCCUUCUAUUUCACACUCUACUUUUGGAAAUGAAGCCUAUGCGAGGUUCUGGCAAGUGGAUGCCAAAGCCUCGAAAGAAAAGCACAUCUCAGAGUUGGUGCUUCCCUUCAUCGAAGGCGAUAUUCCGGGCACUAGAUGUCGCUCAGGGGGAAUUCCAUUCACCAACCUCGAUCCCCUAACGGAUGGCACCCUGAAACCCGGUAACCCGGAUGUUUACUAUGGUGCUUGCCCAGAACUGCUCAGUAGAACGAUCCGCGACAAACUAAGCGGGAAAAUUGUUCCUUCAACACAAGAGGACCUCCCUAUGGUACCCAAUUUGUUUCUAGCAGUGAAAGGGCCGGAUGGAUCGCUAGAUGUAGCUAAUCGACAAGCAUGCUACGAUGGGGCGUUGGGAGCAAGAGGCAUGCACAGUUUGCAGUCAUAUGGACAAAGCGAGCCCAUUUAUGACGGUCGUGUUUCUGCAAUAACGUGCACAUACCAACAAGGAACACUCCGGAUAUUUACUAUCCACAUAAAUCCACCGCGAACUGUUGGAGGCCAACCAGAGUAUUAUAUGAACCUAGUGAGAGGUUAUCUUUUGAAUACUUCUGCUGAAACCUUCCGACAAGGGCUUCAAGCUUUCUUGAACGCGAGGGAUUGGGCAAAAGAGCAGAGAGAUCAGGCGAUCAUGAAUGCGAACAAUCGGGAGCGUUUCGGGGAUGCCGAAGCAUUAAAUCAGGACGCGGAUCCAGAUUUAAGCUCUGUCACUGCUAUGACAGGCCCAGAGACAGGUCCCCGAACCAUGAGUCACGAAUCUCACACCUCCGUGAAGAAAGACACGAGUAUCGCUGAGGCAACUGGCAGAUCAGCGGAAGCAACUAUAGACUCGAUUCCGGCGAAGUGUCGCAAUAAGCUAUCCAGCGAUCUAUACACACGAUUUGCGAACGAUUCAGAAUACUUCAAGAGAAGAAGGACAACUUAACGACAUUUCUCUCGAGACUUGACUGGGCUGUUCGUCAAUUAGCUCCUUGGGAUCAAAUAUGUGCGUGGCAUGUCAGCCAGCUAUUUACGCUUGCCUGGUGCUGCAUAUUGAUGGUUUGAAUGGGUAGUUAUAAUGUCCUAACCGC